CAAAGUGGGUGGUCACGGAAUAAUACCGCUUUCACUCCUUUUCCACUAAUGAAAGUCUUAUAUUCGGUCCACCUUUAGUAGGUAGGUAGGUAAAUUUAUUAAUGCUCGAUUGAUGUGGCCACGGCCUUUACAAUCAUAUAUAAAAGAAGUUUUAUAAAUUUGUUAAUGGUCCACCUUUAGUAAUGAAGAAACAAUAUUAUCUUCUUUUGUGCCGUUGAGGUGAAAGUGUGAUUAAAGUUAGUAAAUCGGUGGAUGUCAUUAGUGACUGGUGACUGAGCACAUGUGCUUGUUGAAUUUGAAAAAUUUUGUGUACCAAUUUGACUUUCAUAUUUACAUACAUCGCUUAUCUGACGAAACGUUAUCGAAUCGUUGGUGAUCCGUGAAUUUAUUUACACAUUUGAAUAUUCGCCAAUAAACAAUUCUACCCAAAUAAAAUAUUUUAUAUAUAUAUGUGCAUAUUGUUGUCUUCUAAUUUUUCUCUAAUUUAUUCAUGUUCAAAAGAUUGAAGUUACAUAUUUAUGAGUAUAAGUAACCAACCAUAUACUAUCAAUGAUUCGUAUGAUGUGUGCAAUUCGGAAUUAUGUAUGUAUUUACAUAUGUAUUACUACAUAUGUGCACAGUGUUUGGGACAAAAUCGUACUGUAAAUAAUUACAUAUGUGACAGCGAAAUUAAUAAUCAGCCAUCAUCGUAACGAUGAUAGUCUAGAUUUUUAUUACUAAACUGUUCAAACUAAAAUGCUCGGAAACAAUACUAUUGUGCUACAAACUCUGAAAAUAUAGGAAAAUAGGACAUGUUACCCGGUAUUUGUAUCUCAUUACCCAAGAUCUGCGUCAUGUUCCUCAUUACGAGCUUGCUAACUUUGGGAGUGAUUUACUUCUUAAAUGCGGAGGUUGAUUACACAACGAGAAUGGAUCAUGACAGGACCGAGGUGAAAAUAUAUCGGAGUGGAAAAGUGAACAGCACAGCAGUGGAGAUGAAAGGAACCGAUUCUAUGAGAAAAAUUGCCCCGCUGCCGGAAAAUACCAUUCAUUCCCCGAUUCGGACUGAAUUCGCCAAUUUGUACCCAAACUUUCAACCCAAGUUCUCCCAAAAUUCAAGAAAACUAGAAGAUUUAGAGGACCCCAAACUUAAUGAACGUCACCGCUUUCGGCACCAUAAGAAGAAGAGCAAGUACAAUAACAGAACGAGAACGGAACUGCACGAUGUAAUAUUAACACAUCCCACCAAGAAAAAUAUUGUCGUAGGAUCCCCACAAAAAGAACAAUGUUAUCAGAGCGAUGAUGUCCUGAGUGUGAUCGGGAUUACGUGUUUACUCAACUUUAGCUUCAUUCUCGUCGUGUGGUGUUCCGUUAGCUGGGUGAAUAGACGGGCUGGCGGUGGGACAAGGUGGAAAAUUAGGAAAAAGCAAAAAUUUAAGAAGAAAGGGAGGCCCUCUUGGGAGGAAAUGUCUGAUGAUAGCGAUGACACUGAUGUGACGACAUCAAGUACCGAAUCGUCGAGUAGUGAUUUUAGCGUGGAUGAAGAAGAAAAUCGACCCCUUAAAAGUUAUUCAAUGGAGGAUUUGAGAUUUUAUUAUGGUUGAUAAUUCAGAGUUGUUGUAAAAAACAUGGAUUUCUUAAUUAUCUAACUACUAAAUAUUUUUGAAGGCAAAUAAAAA